GCGCACCGACUUGGGCCUAACGACUCCGCGAUCGUCAUUAUUUGUAACCAUAGAGCAUGAAUUACCUCUUGAGGUCAUCAGUGAGAAUUUACGACUGGUCAACAAAAGCACGUGAUUCCCAAACGCACCCCCACCCUCCCCCCAUAUUUGGCCGCAUACAUAGCAAAAACGAAGUACAGUGCAUUGCUAUAAUUCAUUAAUACAUCAUAAAUCGUCAAGCACAGGGUUAUAACGACCACGAGCCACAAAUCAAGCCCUCCAAAAUAACCCAAAUGAGCUCUUACUUUGUAAACUCGUUCUCAGGGCGCUACCCAAAUGGCCCCGACUAUCAGUUACUAAAUUAUGGGACCAGCAGUUCCAUGAACGGUUCUUACAGAGAUUCAAGCACCAUGCAUUCCAGCUCUUAUGGCUACAACUACAAUGGGAUGGACCUUAGCAUCAACCGCUCAGCCUCUUCUAGUCACUUUGGGGCUGUGGGGGAGAGCUCCCGCGGUUUCCCUUCUCCAGCUCAGGAGAGCAGGUUUAGACAGGCGUCUAGCUGCUCCUUAUCUUCUCCCGACUCCCUUCCCUGCUCCAACAGCGAGAGCCAUGGAGGCAAGCCCGCCCCGUCCCCCUCCGACCAAGCUACUUCUGCCAGCACCAACACAAAUUUCACAGAACUAGACGAGACCAGCGCGUCCUCGGGAGCCGACGAGGGCACUCCAAUAAGCAGCAGCAUCCCCCGAGCGCAGGCAGAGCCCAUCGCAACCUCCACCGCAGCAACAGAAGGGCAGGCACCUCAGAUAUUCCCUUGGAUGAGGAAACUUCACAUUAGCCAUGACAUGACUGGACCAGACGGUAAGAGGGCAAGGACAGCGUACACUCGCUACCAGACCCUGGAGUUGGAAAAGGAAUUCCACUUCAAUAGAUAUCUCACCCGCAGGAGGAGAAUAGAGAUCGCUCACGCUCUCUGCCUCUCCGAGAGGCAGAUCAAAAUCUGGUUCCAGAACAGGAGGAUGAAAUGGAAGAAGGAUAAUAAACUGAAAAGCAUGAGCUUAGCCUCUGCGGGCAGCGCCUUUCAGCCAUAAAUUAUAGAGGAAGAAUGUCGAGGAAAGAAGAGGAAAGAUUAAAUAAAUACGUAAAUAAAUAAAUAAAGCUCAGCAGAUCUUAGUUUUGGAGUACUGUACAGUGAGGCACCUUCUUUUCAGCAUGUUGUUGCUAUUCUAAAACAACGCGUGUGGUACCGUUAUCCCAGGACUGAGUUCAUGUCGUGUUUUUUUAAUUAUUAUUAUUUUUAAUUAAAUUUUAUUUCCAGAUGCUCCUCAUGCUCUUGUUGUUCUUAUAAAUGUAUGUGUCCGUGCUCUCUUGAUGCUUUCUGGAAAGCUAGCAUGUUUACGUGAGCCCUUUAAAUGUUAUAACUUAUUUAUAAAUUGAUAACAGAUACAAUUGUUUAUUUGUUGCUUUUUCCCCUUCCUGAGUUUACUGCUUUUUGGGUGAGUUCUUCUCUGCCUAAGCUAAAAUCGGGGGUUCCUGCACUACAGUCGCAGAAAGAAAAAUAAAACAAACAAAAAAAAAAAGAAAAAAAAAGA